AUGGGCCUGCUACCCUCCCCUUUCCGACGGACGUCGACGCCGCCACCGCUCGCCUUGCCGGGGACGCCAGCAUCUGCGGGUUCAACGAUCAGCAGUCCGUCAGUGCCUUCUGCAUCACCGCUGGCAUUGUCGCCAGAAAGUUACCUCUCGCCUCUUUCCCCGGUGCCAGCAGCAGCAGGAAUUGAUGCUUCGUCAUCCUUGUCACUGGUAGCAGACGCGUCAGAAUUCGAAGAUGCAAAUGCAUCAUUAGGGUCCAUCUUCAGCCCAGGCAGCACACACGGCAGGAAGCUGCGCUCAGGAAAAGAACGGAUGAUGCUACCCGCGUUGCUGACCCGGAGUCGCAGUCGCAGCACCAGCCGAACAGGCGGCAAUGAUGGCGACGAAUCGGCAGCGCAAGCAGAGGCGCAGGUCAAUGGAGCGAACGGUAGCAAUGCGAGUGGGAAUGAGAGCAUGGCAAACAAACUAUCGACUCAGCGACUCGCGCAAACACUGGUGUCACUGGAACCUACGUCAGUCACAUCAUCUUUCUUUCAACUUGCCCAGUCGCAAUCUCCGUCAGCACCAUCGUCCCCCUCCGCUAUCACACGCUCGCCAGACCCCGCGCCUUGUGGAGGCCGCUUGGCCGAGGUUCCGCUCGUCGCUGGCGAAGCAGAUGUGGCAGGGGUGGGAGCAGACAAGGGCAUGCUCCUCCCUCCCAUUUCGGAUAUCUUCCUCCAGUCCUCCACUUUAUCACCCUCUAAAUCAUCAUCGACGUUGCUUCUUGCUUCCUCUCCUCGCCGCACUCCUUCCAUGCAGACCUCGCCGAUGCUGCGAACCUCCUCGCUAUUUUCCCAGCCCACUGACACUCCAGCAGUAGACGACUUGCUCCUCUCGCCACCGCAUCCUGCCUUCAUGCACGGCUCACGAUCGAGCAGUUACGCUAGCACAAGCGGGAUGAGUGGAAGCGUGAGCGCCAUGAGCAGCAUCACCAGCAGCUGCAAUAGCAGCUACAGUCGCGACACCAUGGCCAGCGCCACCUCCCUCGAGAGCAACGGGUCUGUGCCGAAAGCUAUUGCUCCCAAUCUUCAAGGACUCCUCGCUUCUGGCACUAACCCAUUGGCUGCCGGAGCAGCAGCGUCGACAGCAACGCCGGCGGUGGAAGCGCGACCAAAGGCGCAAACGACUCAAGAGCCGGAAUCAUUACGCGGGCGUUCGCGCAAGGAAGGUCUCGGCACGCUGAGGCGUUUCGGCAGCCGAUUCCUCAAUCGCUCCGCGGCAAGCCCCACGUCGCCAACCGACGCGGUCCUUCCGUUGCCAGCACAGAUCCCGUCUUCCUCUUCCACCCCGGCGCGAUCGCAGUCGCAGUCGACAAAGGCUAGCACGGUUGCUACCAGUAUCGGUGUCUUGAGCAGCCGUGGUCGCAUGUCCGCUUCCACCUCAACGUCCACUUCUGCCUCUGAGCACUCCAGCAGCCCGCCGCACACGCCGCAGACACCAGGAUACGGAGACAGCGUUGGCGCUGGCGCUGCCGUCAGCUUGCUUUCCAGCUUCAGUAUCUUUGGCAGUGGCAACAGCCUCUCGGCAAAGGAUGGCAUUGCCAAGUUCACCCAUCAGCCGCAGCUCCCCGCUGUCGGGACCGCCCCAUCGAUCGACAGCCUUAUGACCGACAGCCGCUUGCCUCAGCUGCCACCGAUGUCGUUGCUCGGCCCGCAGUCUGCCAAGAGCCAGCGCAGGAGUUCUGGCGCCAACGUAGAAAGGAGUAGUAUGGUUUCUAGGGGCCGUGAGCUGCCAAACACGGAAAGUCACAUGCAUGGCUUCAACCCCAUACCCGAUAGGGGCAGGGGGGCGGGUGCGCUCGGUCUUGACACCGCACCGCAAUGCGUCACAACGAACGAUGAAACCAUCGGCGAUUCUGAUUUCCUACGCGCCGUCCUCAACUUCUCCUUCUCCGACAGCGAAGGAAGUGGCAGCAAUUUGCAUACUCGUGCUAUCUCGACAAGCCGACUAGGAGCACGGCCGGAUGGCUUGCCGCCACGCCACACGUCGCUUGCCAACCUUGGCGCCGUCGCAGACUCGAGCCUCGCAAGUGAUGCGUUCGGAGCUCUGCAGGGCCUUCCAUCCUCAUGGAGACCAAGUUCAUUCCCCUCGCGACCCAAGCGAUUGACGGAAGCGCAAGCCAAAGAGAUUGAGGAGCGCGAAACGCAGGAUAAACUGGCGGGCAGGAAGGUGUAUCGCCACAUGCGUCCAGGGUUGUUCAGAGACGAUGAUGAAGAUUCCGAAGAUGAUUAUGGCGAUGAGGAUGCAGAUGAGCGCUCUCACCCAUUCAACACGGCCGCCAUGCGGAGCGCUGAUGGGCCCCAAGCGUCCUCCCAGCAUGCAAAAAAUCCGUUUCCAUCCACCUUCAAAAAGGCCAAGGCGCCUACUUCAGGGUCGAGAGGUCAAAGCUUGACCCGCCCCGAGGACUGGCCUGGGCUUGACACGCCAGUCAAGCGCGCCCUGUACAACUGCACCCUCUUAAAAGUACAUCCACAACUUGCCAGCAUCGUCAAGGAGACCAACCCGCAAUCCGCCGUUGCGAUCGUCGAGCAGAAAGGAAAAGCAGCGGACGAGUUGUGCUUCCCGCGCUCGAUGAAUGCCAGCUUGAGGUUGCAAGAGCACGAAUCAACAUAUUCUGUGCAGCGGAACCUGCAGGUCGCGCUCGGGAGGAGCCUGGUCAUGCGUAAGCUUAAGCGCGAAAACCUCACCAUUCCCGAAGAGGUCGAGAUUGGGUGGUUUCAGAGGCGCUACGGCUCAGUGUCCAUCCCUGCCUCUGCCAUCACAGCGGCAUUCAUGGCCAAGGUGUCUACCAAGCCAGAGGCCUUGGCGAGACCGAACUUUGUCGCUGCUACCGCACCUGAUGGUGUGAUUGACGAUUCUAGCGGCCUGGCGGCUUGGGCGCGACGGCCGAGUUUUGCAAAACGCUCUGCCAUUUGGACAAGCGACUCGACCGAGGUGGGUGCGAUUGAUCGCACAGCAGCAGCACCGCUGGUAUUCUCGGAUCGUAUGUGUUCGCUUGCUUCCGUCUCCAACACGAACCUGCUGGCAGAUGCUCCCGCCACCGCGCGCUUCAGGAAGCGCGAGGGCGCCAACGUCCGCGCGAUGCCGGCUUCUGCAUUUUCAACUUCGCUCAUGGCCAAUGCGUUCAUGAAGGCCCUCGGAGCCGACAGCAGGUCUGAUAUUGGCCAGAGGGCCUCGCUAGGCAGAAGCCGGAACAGAGAUGCGCAGCUGAAGAAGGUGCCUCCACCCUGGAUCGCGCCACGAGAUGCGUCGGAGCGCAUCUCCCUUCAGAAAGCAGUCCCAUUGCCUACGGCUGCCUCAUCGCCGGCGAGGCAGCCGAUGAGUCCUGCGUCACCCGCUAAGAGGGCUUCAUCGGCAUCCGCUGAUCGCCCAGGCCACCAGCGAUCUGCAUCAGUGGUGUCUCCGCUAUCUUCUCCCCUGGGCUCACCCAAGAUGAAGAUAGGCAACUGGUCUCCCACAACAAGCGACGAAGAGUCUGAAGAGGAGGUGCCUCUUUCGAAAUUGCGCUUGAACCCAAAGCGGCGUUCGUUGUUGCCUCCAGCACCAGCACCAGCGCCCGUUGCGCAGGCGGCAUCCGCCUCAACGCAACAGACACCUUCUUUGACCUCUACUCAGCGUGCGCAGUUGGCGAUCGAGGAGCAGCGGCGACGGAAGCAGGCGGAGCUUGAAGCUCGCCUGGCUCACGAAGCACAAAUGCAACGAAAAGAAGCCGAAGAACGGCUCUUGCGGCGAAAUGUGCGCGAAUUGAAGGAGGCGCGAGAAAGGCGUCACAACACCGCUCGUCAGACGCUCUUCACAGAAAUCAACUAUGGCGCCGGAGACCCAUCGAGGCCAUCGCCGUCAGAGACCCUGAACAGGAGCAAGACUGCCGUAGAACUGACGAAGGCAGCCGAAGGCAGCGCCGCGUCGCCAUCAGCACCAAGUCAGCGCAAGGAAGACUCGAUGCUUUCACAGCCAGGCCAUGACGCUCGAGGCGGCCGUCGCCGCUCUUGCCAGCCGUCGGGAGACGAUCGUGCUGCGGUGACUUCCCAUCCUGACUCGAUUACGUCGCCAAAGGCGAAAGACAAGAGCUUGAGAUCUCGCUCGAUGCGCCCUCCCCUCGUCGCCAGCAUUCCCUCCACCCCCUCAAUGCCCGUCAUGGGUAUGCCGCUUCAGAUCCCCGCUGCUUACCGAAUGAUGGGCCCUUCCGCCUCGCCUCACCUGCCUCAUUCCCUCAGUGGCCCGAUACCAGCUUGGCAGUACGCUCAGCCGACAGCAUACGCAGUUCCCAUGCACCCUGCGUCGUACGGCAUGCCGCAUAGCCUCAGCUACCACCCGCACAAUGGCGGUCUGGUCCACCUGCAACCUCACGAUGUGCCACGCUCGGCGACGCAGCACUUUGCGCAGCGCCAGUGCUGA